CUCAAUUCCUAAAUCCUCAACUAAAUCUUCAAAACCUCCAAAUUUGAUCAACUACUUUCUCUUCUUUGGGUUGUUUUCAAAAUGGAUGAAAUCGAUGUUCCUCCAUUUUUUAUCUGCCCUAUCUCCCUGGAGAUUAUGAAGGAUCCCGUCACGGUCCCGACUGGAAUUACUUACGACAGGGAAAACAUCGAGAAAUGGCUGAUUUCCGGUAAGAAGAACACUGCGUGUCCGGUUACGAAACAAGCUAUUUCAGAUUGUGAACUUGUCCCCAAUCAUACCCUGAGGAGAUUGAUACAAUCUUGGUGCACUUUAAAUGCUUGCCAUGGCAUUGAACGAAUCCCGACCCCGAAGCCACCCAUCACAAAAGAUCAGAUUACGAAACUCCUCGAUGAUGCCAAGUCACCGUUGCAGCAGAUGAAGUGUCUUGUCCGGCUUCGAUUUAUCGCUUCCGAGAAUGAUACGAACAAGCGGUGCAUCGAGUCUUCCGGUGCGGUCUCACAUAGAAGGGCUUGUGAAAUGAUACUAACAGUGCUGGAUGAAGUUUGCCGAUGCGCGGAAGGCCGGUCGGAGCUGCUAAAUCACGGAGUGGGGCUCGCCGUCGUUUCCAAGAAGAUACUUAGGGUUUCUCAGGUUGCAAACCAGAGGGCAGUGAGGAUUCUGUGGUGUAUUUCCAAGUUCUGUGGCACAUGUGAUGUGGUUCAAGAGAUGGUGCAGUUGGGGAUCGUGGCUAAAUUGUGCUUGGUGUUACAGACGGAAUGUGGGCACAAGACUAAAGAGAAAGCCAGAGAGGUGCUCAAAUUGCAUGCCAAACUAUGGAUGAAUUCUCCUUGCAUACCAACCAAUCUGCUCUCAUCUUAUCCAGCUUGAUCGGAUGGAGAAAAUUUAGUGGAUUCAAGAAUUUCAAAC